CUUAAAUAUUGCAGCAAACUAAAAAGCGGCCAUCAGAGCCGGUUCAUCUGCUCAGUGGGGCGGCAGGGACAGGGCUUUAGGUGGGAGAGAGGGCAGCGCAGAGUUCACUUCCCCCCCGACGGCCACACACUAACGGGACAACACUCAACCUCGCCGGAGCCGCAGCUGUGUGCUACGGAGCGACCAUGGGCGACUGGAGCUUUCUGGGGAACAUUUUAGAGGAAGUGAACGAGCACUCGACGGUGAUCGGCCGGGUGUGGCUCACGGUGCUCUUCAUCUUCCGCAUCCUGAUCCUGGGGACGGCGGCCGAGUUUGUGUGGGGCGACGAGCAGUCCGACUACGUGUGCAACACCAACCAGCCCGGUUGCGAGAACGUGUGCUACGACGAGGCCUUCCCCAUCUCCCACAUCCGCCUGUGGGUGCUGCAGAUCAUCUUCGUGUCCACGCCGUCGCUGGUCUACGUGGGCCACGCCGUGCACCAUGUCCACAUGGAGGAGAAGCGCAAGGAGCGCGAGGAGGCGGAGCUCAGCCGCCAGCAGGAGCUGAGCGAGGAGCGGCUGCCGCUGGCGCCCGACCAGGGCAGCGUGCGCACCACCAAGGAGACCAGCACCAAGGGCAGCAAGAAGUUCAGGCUGGAGGGCACCCUGCUGCGGACGUACAUCUGCCACAUCAUCUUCAAGACGCUGUUCGAGGUGGGCUUUGUGGUGGGCCAGUACUUCCUGUACGGCUUCCACAUCCUGCCGCUGUACAAGUGCAGCCGCUGGCCCUGCCCCAACAUCGUGGACUGCUUCGUGUCGCGCCCCACCGAGAAGACCGUCUUCAUCAUCUUCAUGCUGGCCGUGGCGUGCGUCUCGCUCUUCCUCAACUUCGUGGAGAUCAGCCACCUGGGCCUGAAGAAGAUCCGCUUCGUGUUCCGCAAGCCGGCGCCGGCCCCGGCGCCCGGGGAGGCGUCGGCGCCGCCCGCGCUGCUCCAGGGGAAGCUGCCCCUGGCUCUGCCGGGCCUGCAGAGGGCCAAGGGCUACAAGCCCCUGGAGGAGGAGAAGGCCGCCCACGUCAGCCAGCUGUACCCGCUGGCCGAGGUGGGCAUGGAGGCCGGCCGCCUGGCCCCGCCCUUCCACGGCCUCCAGGAGAGGGAGGAGAAGAUGCUGCACCUCUCCAAGGCGUACGAGACGCUGCCCAGCUACGCCCAGACCACCGAGAAGGGCAGCGUGACGCUCAUCCCCGAGUCCGAGCCGGAGCAGGAGGUGGCGGCGGAGGUGGUGGUGGAGGCGCCGGCGCCGGAGCUGGUGGUGGAGGAGGAGGCGCCGGUGGAGGAGGUGGUGGUGGAGGAGGUGGUGGAGGAGGUGGUGUCCGGGGAGGGUGGAGAUCCUCUGAUGGACGCUGGGCUGGAGGCGGCGGAUACGAUAGAAGACACGAGACCGCUGAGCCGUCUGAGCAAAGCCAGCAGCAGGGCGAGGUCAGAUGAUCUGACUGUAUGAACACACACACACACACACACACACACACACACACACACACACACACACACACACACACGGGCCGUACACACACACACACACACACACACCCGACUCAAGACGAAACGCAAAAAGCAUAGACAGGUCGAUAUCCGAGGGAAACACCACAAGAAGCGUGAAUUAAACGUGAUUAAAAUGGUUUCUUAAUGCAAAAGAGAGAGGGCCGAUAAUUCAACCAAGCGAUGAAACAUCGACGCGUGUUUGUGACAAAAGUGAACAUAAAGUUGUAGCUGAAGGAGAAGGUAGGAUUUAUUUUUAAAACUGUGUUCUUAUAUUUCAAAAUGUGGUAAGGACACAUGCAAAUGGAGAAUGUUUUUACUUGAUGAAAAUCCAUGUUCCAUUUUUAGGAAACAACCUUUUUCUAUUGCAGGAGUUUAAACGAUAUAAAAAGCUUUCAACUCAUAGGUGGAAGACAAUUAAUCAUUUUGUCGUGUGUCUGCAAACCAGUAAUCUCGCUGUAGGCGUUAGACUUUGAUUCCUAUUCAGAACGCAGCACGCCACAAAGUGAGACGAGUGGCUGCAAAUGUCAUUGGCUCUCGCACAGACUCAUCCCCGCACCGAUCACACAGCGUUCUUUGUGAGGGGAGUGACUGUGGUGUCACAGCAGUGCAGGGCUCCUGCAUUCUCCUGUUUAUAUUCCGGGCGCUGAACCCAUAGAGUAGUGAGAAACAAAACAAAAAAACACACCAAACAAAUCGACAAAAAAAGACCACAUUGUUGAAUGUCACUUUUUCAAUGUCACUCUUAUUCUCUUUAUUUUAGAUUGCUUGUGUUGUGUAGCGCUUUCAACCGCAGAAGCGUACUUGAUAGCAGUUGUUCUUUGGAGCACAAACAGAGGCCGUUCUGCCCCUAUCAGAGCGUGAGCCCUCAGACGCGGCGCGCGCACCGCUGUGCACACAGCCGGAUGAUAAAGAUUGCGCCCCAUCAGCACAAAGUAUUGUUGAGGCCGAGACAACAAAUGAAUCUGCUCCCAUCAAUGAAAACAAGCAUCCUUGACAUAGCUGUUGGGUGGUGGUCCUCCGGGGCGCUCAUCGGACCGCCGCGGUGGUCCGAACCCAAAACCAUUAAAAAAUACGUUUACAAAUUCAGAGUGAAACAAACUAAUCACGGGCAGAGCGAGUUGUACAUAAAGCCCAGUCUGAUGUCCCAUCAUGUACAUAAUGCGCAGACCAGCUGUGUGUAGGGAAAACCUAAUAGAUAUUAUAACUCUUAGAACCCUUUAUUUAUAUAUAUAUAGGCUAUAUAUAUAUACAUACAUAUAUAUAUAAAUAUAUAUAUAUUUAUAGCAAAUCAAAUCCACUAUAUAUUGCCCUAAGAUAAGUACAACCUUAGAGUAUUGUUUCCUUUCAAUUCUUUCUACAUGUACUUUCAUACCAAAUGUGAAUAUUUAUUAAUUCAAUAAAACAAAUAGCAAAUUAAAAAUAAUACAGCAUCAUUUGUCGAUCAUGCAAUCUAAUUCUUACCAUUUAAUUUAAUAAAUCAUAAUUUCUUGAUGCACAAACAUGUAACCAGCUUCAGGUUCAGCAGUAGAUUUUAAUUUUGUUGAUUUUAAAUAGCUGCCAUUGUACAAUUUCCUGUGCCUUAUCUGUACAUGUUGAUUCUCAAAUGUUGUAAGAUGUAAGUGCUUAUUGCUCUGGGAAUAUGUCAACUUUUUGUUUUAUUUACUUUUGUUUUUUUAAGAAUCCUGAUAAUUUGUGUAUACAAUCCCAACACACAAACCAAACAACCACGCACACACAAACACACAUCAAACUAAGAUGCUAUGCAAGGAGAUUUUGGUCAGAUACAUAUCGCUGUGUAUUUACUAAAUCAUUAAUUUGAUGACGUUAAGGAAUUAUGUCAUAAACGCAUACAGAAACGCCAAACAUGCACAGAAACACAAACACACACACACAGGCGUAAAACAUGAACGAACAUACACACACACACACAGCUUUGGUUUUGGGGUAUGAACAAAUGUUAAUGGGCAGACACAUGCCUACAAAUUGUGACCCGCAUCAAAAUACAGCAUCAUAGUCUCCAACGUGUUGAAUCUAUUCCUCAUGGGCUGAACUGAUAUGGACGGUAUGUAUUUUUUUUUAAGACGGAUACAGUGCCUAUUUAUAAGAAACUUUUGAUUAAUCUUUGGAAAAAGAAAAAAAAAAAUCUUUUUACUAACUUGUAGUCCUCUUUGCUCCUAGACGUGUGGCAGAACCUUUGACAUGUGAACCAAUAAACGGUCAGACGUGGUCAACAAGUGUUA